AUGGUCAAAAUAUCGAAGGGCUCACAAACUUCACGAAAUGAGGGCCCAUCAUCAGUAAGCAAAGGUCCUUACCGUCCACUAUCCCCUCGGGUAGGACCACAAGCCACCUCAUCGGCCGGAGUGCUUCGACCGCGGCAAGUGAUAGUCUCUUCGCCAGGCUCUCCAAGCAGCAGUAGUGACUCGCAAUCGGGAUCAGAAUCCGUUAAACACUGCCUGCCCAGCCGCGUCAGUUCUCCCGUCAUACGCGCUUCUCCUUCCUCUCAGACGAUCCUGCGGUCUUCUCCUUCAGUGACUAUUAACUCACCUGGUCUGAGACACUCCCCAUCCAUCACCAGUGCCGUUUCCGGAAGCUCGCCAGGGCCAAGAAACUCACCUUCGAUUUCUAGUUUAAGUAGAGCAUCUCCUUCUAUUUUAGGUCAAGUAUCAAGGUCUAGCUCCCCGGCGAUGCAAGCUAGUUCAGCAGGACUGAACGUAACAUUGGGAACUACGACUCCUUCCUUUACUUCAACUUUUACUAAUUUACAGAGCUCUAUGGCCAUGACUUCUACUGGAGGUUAUGGCUGGAACUACGCCCAGGCUUCUACUUAUACGCAACCUACUACUUACGCUAGCACUAAUCCGUUCCUAACUGGUUCGUAUAUGAGCUACACUCCAGGAGAUUCUACUUUUUCUGAGAAAUUUAAUACAAUUGGUCCAUCAAAAGAAGUAAAAUCAUUCUUUGACUCCUAUACUAGUGAUACUAACAAGUAUUCAACUUUGAACACUAAAAGCACAUCUUACGAUUCGGAAUAUCUUUAUUCUUCUCCUGAUAUUAAAACCAAUGGUGUAAGUAGUCGAUAUUUAGAUAAAAGCUAUUUAAACAGUACUUACUCAACCGACCUGAACAAGUAUAGUCCUGCUAAAAACGCUAUGUACGACACAAGUCCAAACGUCACACAAUCUACUAGUAGUUCAACUUCCGGUUUACUGAACGUCGAAGAGACUCCAACUCCGACCAGCAGUAUAGAAACUGAAGAUAGUAAUACCAGGGAAGUGGGAGAGAAAGACGUAGAAGGUGACGGAGAACAAAGUGACUGA